AUGAUCAGCUGGGGCAUCGCUCUUAUGUGCAAUGCUGCUGUGAAGAAUAAGGGCGGUUUAUAUACGACACGGUUCUUGCUGGGUGUGGCCGAGGCUGGACAGUUUCCGGGUGUCAUUCUCCAAAUGACUUACUGGUAUCGCCCGGACGAGAUGUCUUUGAGACUACUCUAUUUCUAUAUUUGUGGAAAUGUUUCGGGUAUCUUCGGUGGCCUUCUUGCCUAUGCGUUUGAUAAUGCAUCUGGCGCAGGCGGGCUUUCCGGAUGGCAAUGGUUGUUCCUUACAGAAGGUAUUGCAACUGUUAUUUUUGGAGCUGUGAUUUGGUUCCUGCUCCCUGACUUCCCUGAGACAGCCAAAUGGUUGACUGAAAGGGAGAAGAAAUUUAUUCAGGCUCGACUGCCGUCUAAUGCUCCUCGUGCAAAUGAGCAAAACUUUCAGCUACGUGAAGUUAUCGAGUCCCUGAAAGAUCGGAGACUGUGGCUGUUCACGUUUAUCUGGGCUACCUUUACUGUUGGAACCAACGGCGUCACUUUUUAUCAAUCAACAGUCAUUGCCAACCUCGGUUACACGAGCAUUGCUCAAGCCCAACUCCUCAAUAUCCCUAUUACGGUCUGCGGUCUCCUCUUCAUUGCGGCUACAGGUAUCACAGCAGAUCGCAGCCGGAUACCCCGGCCAUUAUACCCACUUUCAUUCCUUCUCAUCAUUAUAAUCUGUUACGGCGUUUUUGUUGCCUAUCCGAGUAAUGGUGCAAUCUACGCGGUGACAUUGAUCGGCAAUGCCUUGACUGCAGGAUGGUAUCCUGUUAUGUGGCCAUGGCGCGUACAAACUACUUCCCGGGCUACGGGAUCCGCCUUCUCUAUUGGAUUCGUCAACAGCUAUGGCCAAAUUGGAGGUGCCAUCGGCCCUCAGUUAUUUCAAAGCAUGUAUGCACCACACUACACAGUGCCAUUCUCUGUGGCCAUGGGUCUUGUGGGUAUUUGCGCGAUCUUGACGCUGGUGACGUGGUGGGUGACUUGGGAUACGGAGCGUGAUACAAGGCGACUCAAGCUAGCUAAAAUUGCGGCGGAAAAAAGAGGAGAGAUAAUUUUGGAAGAUGUUGUGGACAAUGACUUGAAGAGUCAUUAA